AUGGGCGUCUUCUCCCAUUCACCGCGCCUGAUGGCCAGGCGGCGGCCGAGGCCGGACCCCGCGCCCGAGACAAUGCACUGCGGGAGCGCGCCCACCACCCCGCAACAGCCGUUGCACCGCCAGUUUCACCUCUUUUCCCUGCUUCCCCCGGAACUGCGCCUCAGAAUAUGGAAUCUCAACCUCCCGUCUUGUCGCCUUGUUCCUCUGCACUGCGACACCGCCUCCCCGUCAUUGUAUGAAAACUCGGCGCCUUCUUCGCAUUGCGCCACGGGCUGCACUUCCAACGCCCCGGUCCCUGUCAAUCUUCACGUCUGCGCCGAGUCGCGCGCCGAGGCCUUUAAGAGCUACAGCCGCGCCUUCGGCUUUGCGCGCGGGCCCGGCCACGUCAUCUUCAACCCGGACAGCGACAUCCUUUUGUUCGGCCCGCGCAAGGGCUACAUGGCUGCCGGUUCGCAAUUCCAUACUUGCAUGUCCAUGUGCGAUCAGGCAGAGCUCGCGCGUGUGCGCCGGGUUGCUAUUAGCGAUGGCAUCUUCUGGAUCGACGGCACCUACAGGUCAAUGACGGCCGCGAGCCCGACCGUCGAGGUCAUCAAGCAGCUUGCGGCGCGGAUGCACUCUCUGGAGCGCAUCAUCUUUGUCCCUCGAGAGGAGGACGAGACCGGCGACUUGGCCGUGGCCAUGGAGCGCAUGGCUCGUCAGAUUCAGAUGGCCCUAGCCACCGUCUGCCAACAGGUCCCUCUCUGGAGGCCGCCCCCAUGGGACAUCGUCUCGACGAGCUCGCUGUCGACAAUGGGCGAUUGA